CUGCUCUAGCCUGGUAUCUGUGGCUCGUGGAGCUUUGGAGAGAUUUUCAUUUUGAUAUCAGGCCAAACAAAGGAGAAUCGAGGAGGUGAGCGGCUGGGACAGUGCUGGUUUGAGCUGGACCUUGUCUGAUGGCUUCCUCCACCCCUCCUACACAGGCUGCCAUAGGAGAUCAGCUGGUUCUGGGAGGCCCCGGCCCCUCCCCCGAGGCGGAGGACGACCCUGGAGAGGCUUUUGAGUUUGAGGACAGUGAUGAUGACAAGGACACCAGCGCUGGCCUGGGUGUCCCAGGCGUGGCUUCAGAGAAGGACAUCGAUGAUGCCCCACUGAUCCACUUGGACUCCGCCCCCAUCACUGACCCAGACUCAGCAGCCUCCCCACCCCAGACACAGGUGCCACCAGUGGUGAGCAACGGGGAUGCGGUGGAUGCUGCUCUCUCCGGGGUCCGGCGCUCCAGCUGGAAACGGAAGAGCUCCCGCCGGAUCGACCGGUUCACUUUCCCCGCCCUGGAAGAAGAUGUGAUUUACGACGACGUGCCGUGCGAGAACCUGGAUGCCCAUCAACCCGGGGAGGAGAACCAGCCGGGCUGGCUGUGUCCGGAUGAGGACAAGAAGAGCAAAGCCCCAUUCUGGUGCCCCAUCCUGGCCUGCCGCAUCCCUGCCUUCUCUUCCCGGGGCCUCAGCCUGCAGCUUGGGGCCCUGGUCCACAGUCCUGUCAGCUGUCCCCUGCUGGGCUUCUCAGCAGUCAGCACGUCCCUUCCACAGGGCUACCUUUGGGUCGGGGGCGGGCAGGAAGGUGCAGGGGGCCAGGUUGAGAUCUUCUCCUUGAACCGGCCCUCGCCCCGCACGGUCAAGUCCUUCCCGUUGGCGGCCCCUGUGCUCUGCAUGGAGUACAUUCCCGAGCCAGAGGAGGGGGAGAGUGGAGACGAGAGCCAUGUGACCACUAACCCCUCUGCUGCAGUGCAUCCGACCAUCUGCCUUGGGCUCCAGGAUGGCAGCAUCCUGGUUUACGGCAGUGUGGACACGGGUACCCAGUGCCUGGCCGCCUGCAGGAGCCCUGGCCCACAGCCUGUGCUCUGCGUGAGCCACAGCGCCUUCCACCUGCUUGCCGGUCUGCAGGACGGGACCCUCGCCGCCUACCCCCGGACCAGUGGAGGUGUCCCCUGGGACCUGGAGAGCCCUCCCGUGUGCCUGACUGUGGGGCCAGGACCCGUCCGCACCCUGCUGAGCCUGGAGGACACCUUGUGGGCCAGCUGUGGGCCUCGGGUCACCGUGGUGGAUGCCACUAGCUUGCAGACUCAGCAAAGCUUCGAGGCGCACCAGGAUGAGACCGUGAGCGUGACGCACAUGGUGAAGGCCGGCAGCGGCGUCUGGAUGGCCUUCUCGUCCGGCUCCUCCAUCCGCCUCUUCCACACCGAGACGCUGGAGCACCUGCAGGAGAUCAACAUUGCCACCAGGACCACCUUCCUCCUGCCAGACACUCUCGUGAGCCAGGGUGCUGGCCCGGGAGCCGGGGGAUCAAGUCGGAGUGUGCAGCCACUAUUAACAACGAAAACUGAAUAAAAUAAAACGUUCGGUGCCUCCAUCCCACCAGCCACAUUUCCCGUGCUCACCAACCACAUGUGGCUGACGGCGCAGAAUCGAAGAGCGUGAUAGGUAACAUUUCCAUCAUCACGGAAAGUCCUAGAGGGUUUGCUCCCCGAGAGCAGAACUGUGUGUGUGGCUCCCACCGUGCCUCCAGCACUGAGCGCAGAGUCCCGCGCCCAGUGGGCGCCUGGGAUGUUCCGGGGUGCCGGGCGAGUGGGUUGGUGAUGGUAGAGUACGCUGUCAGACGGUGCUGCGUGAACCCCAGCACGGUAACCCUGGAGAGCCACCCCCUCUGCUUGGAGGAAGCCCACACCCCUACCCGUUUGGAACUGCAGUCAUUUGCUCAAGAGCAGAGAGGUGGCUGCAGUGUAGACGGUAAUCGGCACACCGGAGCCCGGCUCCCAGCCUGCGCCCACCAGCUGGGUGACCUCUUUGGACCUUAGUUUCCUCCCCUGGAAAACGGGCACAAUGCCGGUGUCUUGUGUCCCUCUCAGCCGCCGCGAGGUUUCCGUCAGACCAGAGCAGGUUUAUGUGUGCUUUAGACGCUCCAAAGCAGCGUUUCUCUAAGCGCAGUCCCCAGGCCAGCAGCAGCCGUGUCACCUGCGUGCUUGCCAGAAAUGCAGUUUGGGGGCUCACCUCUGGGGGUACGGGCCCGGCCGGGGGUGCGGAUGCACGCCCAGGUCGACGGCCAGGGCUCCAAGCAGCAUUUCACACACCCCGUGGCAUGCACGUGAACUUCCUUUUUUUUUU